GCACCAGCUGGGUACUUGGUGUUCAUUGUUUUGGCUGUUGUUGUGCAGGAGCCUUGAAGAUCCCCAGGCAGAGUUCCCAUUACCUUCGGUCCUCCCCAGGAAGCUAGAGGAGGGCCAUGGUGCUGAGAGCAUAGCGGACCAGCCGGGUUUCCCACCAACCAAGGGAGAGGCGAUCUCUGUCUGUCCGACACGUUACCAGGGAAGGACCCACGUGUGGCUGGAUUUGAAAGCAGUAUUUUGCCCACACCUUUCUACAGAGAGAUGACAGGAAUUGAGUUAGUGGAGGGCUGGAGGGCAGCUGAGUGUUCAAUGGAAUGCCACGUCGGGCUUUUCCAUUUCUUUGGUUGGAAUUGGGUUUUUACACAUUGUUUGAUUAAAAAAAACCAACAAACAAACAGAAACCAAAAACCAAAACAAAACUGCAAGAACUCUUGCACAGAGGACCAAAAGAAUGGCUUCUAAGCAAAAACAUGCCGAACACGUGAACACCAACCAGAUUGCGUCGGUAGGUGGCAAAGUACUUUGCUAUAAAUAUUGCAAGACUCCUUUCUCUACUUACAAGAAAAAUCGCGUUGCAUUUCAGACAACAGAAAUGGCCGGACCAGCCUUUAGUUCUUGUGCAAGAAACUGAAAACAAUGUGAAAGAUUUUCCUUAAAUGGACGCGGAGCUCGGCUUGGUCUGGGGUUGAAGUCAAAGGCCCCGGUCUCCCUUUGCCUUAUAUGCGUUAUUUCUCAUACGUUAUGCAAGAUUCCCCAGGCCCCAAACCAUUCACUUUUUCCUGUAAUCUCGAGGUGUGCCCAGGGUACAUCUCAGCCUCCGACCUUUCUGCUUUCACUUUUGGUUAGUCAGAACCUCCAUCUGGCGGGAUUUGAAUAUGAGUGUUUUCUGUGGCUUUUCUGUGGCUCCUUUUCAAAGCAUUCAAAGCAGUUUAAAAAUACAGAAUGUUCAGCGAUCUGACCAAGAGCUAAUGAGCCUUCACGUAAAUGGGUCCAGUCAUGCCUCCCAGUAAGAAGCCAGAAAGCUCAGGAAUUAGCGUCUCCAGUCGGCUGAGUCAGUGUUACCGGGGCAGCGGUUUCUCCAAGGCCCUGCAGGAGGACGAUGACCUCGACUUUUCUCUGCCUGACAUCCGAUUAGAAGAGGGGGCCAUGGAAGAUGAAGAGCUGACCAAUCUGAACUGGCUUCACGAGAGCAAGAACUUGCUGAAGAGCUUCGGGGAGUCGGUCCUGAGGAGUGUCAGCCCCGUCCAGGACCUGGACGACGACACCCCGCCAUCCCCUGCCCACUCUGACAUGCCCUACGAUGCCAGGCAGAACCCCAACUGCAAGCCCCCCUACUCCUUUAGCUGCCUCAUAUUUAUGGCCAUCGAGGACUCUCCAACCAAGCGCCUGCCAGUAAAGGAUAUUUACAACUGGAUCUUGGAACAUUUUCCAUAUUUUGCAAACGCACCUACUGGGUGGAAAAACUCAGUGAGACAUAACUUGUCCUUGAAUAAGUGUUUUAAGAAAGUGGACAAAGAGAGGAAUCAGAGCAUUGGGAAAGGGUCCUUGUGGUGCAUAGACCCAGAGUAUAGACAAAAUCUAAUUCAGGCUUUGAAAAAGACACCUUACCACCCAUACUCACACGUGUUCAAUACACCCCCUGCCUCUCCUCAGGCGUAUCAAAGCACAUCAGGUCCACCCAUCUGGCCGGGCAGUACCUUCUUCAAGAGAAAUGGAGCCCUUCUGCAAGAUCCUGACAUUGAUGCUGCCAGUGCCAUGAUGCUUUUGAAUACUCCCCCUGAGAUACAAGCAGGUUUUCCUCCAGGAGUGAUACAAAAUGGAGCACGGGUUCUGAGCCGAGGGCUGUUUCCUGGAGUUCGGCCGUUGCCAAUCACUCCCAUUGGAAUGACGGCAGCUGUGAGGAACGGCCUCAGCGGCUGCCGGCUGCGGACUGAGAGCGAGCCGUCGUGCGGCUCCCCGGUGGUCAGCGGGGACCCCAAGGAGGACCACAACUACAGCAGCGCCAAGUCCUCCACCGCCAGGAGCACGUCGCCGGCCAGCGACUCGGUCUCCUCCUCCUCGGCCGACGACCACUACGAGUUCGCCACCAAGGGGAGCCAGGAGGGCAGCGAGGGCAGCGAGGGCAGCUUCCAGAGCCACGAGAGCCACAGCGAAACGGAGGAGGACGACCGGAAACACAGCCCGAAGGAGGCCAAGGACGCCCUGGGGGACAGCGGCUACGCGGCCCUGCACAAGAAGCGCCAGCACUUGGCCAAGGCCAGGAAGGUCCCCAGCGACACGCUGCCCCUCAAAAAGAGACGCACGGAGAAGCCCCCCGAGAGCGACGACGAGGAGAUGAAAGAGGCGGCGGGCUCGCUCCUGCACUUGGCAGGGAUUCGGUCCUGUUUGAAUAACAUCACCAAUCGGACGGCAAAGGGUCAGAAAGAGCAAAAGGAAACCACGAAAAAUUAAAAACAAGUCACUGAUUUGUUUUGAACUUUCGGCCAUUUGGUUUUAGCAUGUCAGGAGAUUUCUAAUGAUUUGUGGCAAUAUCAGCAAUUUAUUACUUUUUUCUUAUCUUUUUUUUUUUUUUUUUUGGUUUGGUUUUCUUUUCUUUUCUUUCCUUUUUUUUUUUUUUUUUAAUUUGCCCCUCCUUUGUUUUGGACCCUUAAGAAUUUUAUUUUUAAAGGAGAUUGAAGCCAUAGAACUCAUAUUGACACUCAGCUGUUUUACAAAAGCUUUUCAUUAUCUGAAGACAAAAACGAAAAAAACAAAAAAAAAAAACAACGAAAAAGCCAAAAUUACCAUUGCUUCCUCCAGCUUUGUCAGAAACACGUGGCUGAAUCCGCAGGGAUGCCAACGAUCAUGCCACGGGAACACACAUUCGGCACCUAGAAGGCAUGUGUGCAAAGUAACCAUCGAUCAGGCCCAACCCUUAGGUUUAAAAGGUCAGGAUGUCCACCCAGCUGGGUUCGCUGAGUGAAUGCAUAUAAGGCAACUGGGGAGAAGGAAGAGUCCUGGUCCCCUGGAAGCAGGUCCAGGCUUGUAGCGCCGGGCAUCAAAUUGUGCCAGGAAAAGCCUUGGCGUGGCCAUGAAGUGUGCAGGGAUGGGUGGACAGAGUGGGGGACGGUUUCCAGUCCUUUGUGCUUCUUCGCUGUGGAGCCUAGUAGCAUGUUAGGAGGUGGACACUGAACCACUCGUUCGUACCAGGUGUCAGUGACUAAUGAGAGAGUGGGUCAGUUUUUAGUGAUGUUGCUAAUCUUUGAAUUUUGUUCUGUAUUAAGAGAAUGUUCCACAAGCCAUAAGCCUGAGGUUGGCCCUGCACACACACCUAUACACACAUGUGCACACACACGUGCACACGCGCACACACACACACACACACACACACACAAAUAUGAGAGAGAGAACUGAUGCAGAAAACGAGCUCUUCUUAACUGCCCAAGUGAAAAUCAAGUCCAGGAAAUUACAAUAGCUGUCAAGGAAGAAAAUAAUGGUACAGAUCUUUUUCUGUCUGUCAAAACUAUUUGAUCCGAGUGGGGGAAAAAAAAAAAAAAGCUACACAAGCUGCCAUUAGUAUUGCGGUGUGUUUUUAAAAGAUCAAAGGCACA